AUGGCGACAACAAUUCACUCUACCUCAACCGAAGUACAUGAAAAUAAUAUUGAAACCUACUCUUUAGUUUGGCUCGAAUCUGCUGUUAAUGAAGUUAGCGAGUAUAUCGAAGCUCAAAAGCGACUUCGUAAAAUAAUCAAUCAUCUAAAGACAUUUGAUGACGUCGAACAAUGCGAGUCGUAUAUACGAUCUGUUAAAAGCAUAGAUACGCAAUUGAAUGCACUUGUCGAGCAAAUUCUAUCGGAUCAAGCAACAAGACUUCGUAAUAAGGUCGAUGAAAUUCUUCCCAUCAAUAUUUUUAAUGCGAAUAGUCAAUCAGAAAAAUCAACAACGGGACUCAAUGGUCAAUUUGUUUUCUCUCAAUUAUUAAUAGAUCGUCUUCUGCGCAUGAAACCAAAAGCAACAGAUAAAACUGAAUUGAUCGAUCGAUGUAAAAAGUUCUACAAAGAUAAUUCAAGUGAAUUGGCAAUCGUUCAAGAGUUUGAAAAAGAUUAUGUAUCUGAUCGUGCUCUAUGGUGGUAUACGAGAGAAUCAUUUCUCUAUCGACUAUUGAACAAAGCUCUUCGAACGCAAGAUAUUGAUUUACUCUUUCUCUUUCGGUUCUUCAUGCGUGAUAUUCAAACACAACUUCAAAAACUUCAAUGUUCAACUUCUCUUCAUGUCUAUCGUGGUCAAGUUAUAUCAAAAGAUGAACUGGAAACAUUAAAAGCUUGCAUGGGACAAUUCAUUUCGAUGAACUCAUUUCUUUCCACUAGUCUUGAUCGGCGACUUGCUUUAUCGUUUCUCUCUAGUUCUACAUCAUCCUGUGAUCUUCAACGUAUUCUAUUCGAAAUCGAUCUUGAUCCAACACUUAUUGGUAUCAAACCGUUUGCUGAUAUUACAUCAAACAGUUUUUUUACCAAUGAACAAGAAGUACUGAUCAUGUUGGGAUCAGUAUUUCAACUGGUUAACAUUGAUUGUCAAAAAGGAGUGUGGAUUGCUCAAAUGGCCAUGUGUAGUGAUAGUGAUAAUAGUUUGAAACCUAUUUAUGACCAUAUGAAGAAGGAGUACGAUGAAGACGAUUCAGGAUCAAGUGAUUUCUCAUUCGGUAUUCUUCUGUUCAAAAUGGGACAAUACGAUAAAGCCGAGAAAUAUUGUAAUCGUUUACUAAGCGAAUUGCCUCGUGAUCAUCCAGAUUUAGCUCCUUGUUAUCAUAAUCUUGGCAUGGUCGCAAAUCACAAAGGCAAAUAUGAUGCAAGUCUUGACUGGUUUGCCAAAGCACUUGAAAUGUAUAAUAAAGCGCGUAAACCUGACGAUCCUGUUAUCGCAACUACUUACAAUAGUAUUGGCGAAGUUCAUUUCCGAAAAGGAAAUCGUACGGAUGCUCUCGAAUCAUUUAAAAAAGCAUUAAAUAUUCGCAAAAAAGCAUUUGGGGAAGAACAUUUACAAGUGGCAAUGUGUUAUCAUAAUAUGGGCAAUGUUUAUCAAGAAGAGAAAAAAUUUCAAGAAGCAUUCGAAUGUCAUCAAAAGUCAUUGAUGAUUCGACAAAAACAUCUGCCUACCAACCAUCCGGACAUAGGUGCAUCCGUACAGUGUAUUGCUGGCAUUUAUAUGUGUCUUAAUUAUCCAGACCUUGCAUUGCAAUAUUAUAAUAUGGCAUUAGAAAUCUAUCAAAAAUCACUGCCUAGUCAACAUCAAGAUAUUGGAAUGUUGCACUACAAUCUUGGUCUGCUGUAUGCUGGCAAGGAAGAUUUUCAACAGGCAUUAACUAAUUUUCAAAAAGCAUCAUCUAUAUUUCAUGCAACAUUGCCUCCAACACAUCCGUUUAUUGGCAUAGUCAACCAAGACAUUCAGCGUGUCUCCGCUAGACUCAAAUAG